GCUCUUGGCAGCUGUACAGUCGCCCUGACAACAACAGGAGGUGGAAGCCAUGCCAGUAAGAUUAGACCAAGAACAGACGCUGGUCCAGUAUCCUGGACGCCUUACAGUAUGUGUCCCAUAUUGCACCUUGAGCCUCCCAGAGCCAAAUGCCACUGAUCAGGUGUCUUAAGACUCAUUAGAGACCAAACAGGCAACGUGAACUGACCCUAAAGAAACAGACGACACAGACUGAAAAGCAUUUAGGACAAAAAAAAAAACAAAAAAACACUGCUGUUAUGGAGGGAGCAAAAAAGAGCGAGCAGGACGAGAACAUGAUCGAGAUGGCCGGGGACGACGUGGACGUCCCGGAGGAGCUGCUGAAGAUGGUGGACGAGGACGCCACGGAGGAGGAGGGCAAGGACUCCAUCAUGGGCCAGUUUCAGAACUUGCAGAACAUGGACAUGGACCAGCUGAAGGAGAAGGCCUCGGCCACCGUCACCGAGCUCAAGAGCAAAGCGGAGGAGAAGUGUUCCGUUAUGUGAAUAUGUGUUUUGAACCGUGACGCCACACGAAACCGAUGAGAAGAGGGAGAGUUUUCAGCUCUUUGUGGGAAUCUAUCGACCGAGCUGAGGUUUUCAAACAGUCAGGGACUCGGUUACAAUAGAAACCACAGUUAUCAUCCUUCUGUGCGCUGAACAACUUUAUGUAUUGACGUCUAAAGCGCAGCAUUGUGACAAACGCUGUAAAUGUCCCUGGUAGCUUAAAUUGAAUCAUAUCCACAACAAUAAACACAAUCAGAUUUGUUCAGGGUGUCCUGAGCUUUGUUAUUAUUUUGUUUUUGUUUUUGUUUUUUUUUUCUUUUUCGUGUUCAAUCCCACUCACAGCUUCACCUUCACAUCCCUUCAGUCACCACAACACACUAAAAAAAAAAAGGUUCUCAUAUUAUACUCACUUUUUUUUCAUUAUUGUAAAAAUGAGACAAUUAAGUGUGAUUUUUUUUUUUUUUUUUUUUUUUUGGGGGGGGGGGGUCGAGACUUGCUUCCAAACCUUACUUAUAAUUAACAGUCCUUCCCCGUCUGAAUGUGUCUAUUUCCCUUUUUGGUUUGUUUGUUGGUGAUUGUAGACCUUUAUCUUUUUUUGUAUGUGGUAUUUCAAUUAAUCAUGAUGGUUAUAGGUUCGUCUGGUUAAUCAAUCAUCUGGUUAGUUUUUUUUUUUUUUUUCUUUUAAUGCUAUUAUAAGUCUUGACAUGUUGACUUAUUCCGUAAUGUUCACGUUUAAUACU